UCUGCUUUGAAAAACUGGGAAGCCUCUUCCGUGUAGAACUGAAGUAGACUUUUGACAGUUGUAUUGAAUAAAAACUAAGGCAAAAAUGUCUGUCAUAGAUCCUUAUCAACACAUCGUGGUGGAACACCAGUAUUCACACGUAUUUACUGUGACAGUAAGGAAAGCCACAAAUGUCACAAAAGGAGCGAUUGGUGACAUGCUUGACACUCCAGAUCCCUAUGUGGAGCUGUUCAUCCCAUCCGCCCCUGACUGCAGGAAGAGAACGAAACAUUUCAAUAACGAUGUGAAUCCUGUGUGGAACGAGACCUUUGAGUUCAUUUUGGAUCCCAACCAAGAGAAUAUUCUUGAGGUUACUUUGAUGGAUGCCAACUACGUUAUGGAUGAGACUCUUGGCACCUCCACAUUUCCUAUAUCUUCUCUGAAACUGGGAGAGAAGAAGGAGGUCCAGUUAACUUUCAAUGAUGUCACAGAAAUGACUUUGGAAUUGUCUCUUGAAGUAUGCUUUUAUUUAAGUACAGAACUGAGGUCUUCCAUGGCUCUGUGUGAUGAGGAGAAGAAAUUUCGGCAACAGAGAAAAGAUAAUAUCAUGCACAGUAUGAAAUCAUUUCUAGGAGAGGAAAACAGCAAGAACUUGACCACUUCCCGUGAUGUACCAGUGAUAGCGAUAUUGGGUUCAGGAGGUGGAUUUCGUGCCAUGGUAGGGUUUGCUGGAGUCAUGAAAGCACUUUAUGAAUCAGGAAUUUUAGACUGUGCGACUUACAUCGCUGGUCUCUCAGGAUCCACGUGGUAUAUGUCAACUUUGUAUUCACACCCGGAUUUUCCAGAAAAAGGACCAAAGGAGAUUAAUCAAGAAUUGAUGAACUCUGUGAGUCACAACCCACUUCUGCUGCUCACUCCUCAGAAAGUCAAACGCUACAUUGAAGCACUGUGGAAUAAGAAGAGCUCAGGCCAGCCUGUCACCUUCACAGAUAUCUUUGGAAUGCUAAUAGGUGAAACACUUAUCCAUAAUAGAAUGGACACCACUUUGAGCAACAUGAAAGAGAAAAUCAAUAAUGCCCGGUGUGCUCUCCCACUCUUUACAUGUCUCCAUGUCAAACCAGAUGUCUCAGAGCUGAUGUUUGCAGACUGGGUGGAAUUCAGUCCGUAUGAGAUUGGUAUGGCAAAGUAUGGCACUUUUAUGUGUCCUGAUUUGUUUGGAAGCAAAUUUUUUAUGGGGACAGUGGUGAAGAAGUAUAAUGAAAAUCCCUUGCAUUUCUUGAUGGGCGUCUGGGGCAGUGCAUUUUCUAUAUUAUUUAACAGAGUGCUUGGCGUCUCCAAUUCUCAAAAUAAAGGUCCCACCAUGGAAGAAGAAUUAGAAAAUAUUAGGCUAAAGCACCUUGUAAGCAAUGACAGUUCAGACAGUGAAGAUGAAUCACAGCAUCCAAAAGGCACUGAAAAUGCUGAGGCAAAUCAAGAAUAUCAGAGCAGCAGCCAAGAAAGCUGGGUGCAGCGAAUGCUGAUGGCUUUGGUGGGUGAUAGUGCCCUGUUCAACACCAGGGAAGGGCGUGCUGGGAAAGUGCACAACUUCAUGCUGGGAUUGAACCUCAACAGCUGUUACCCACUCUCUCCUCUGGCAGACCUUCUUACUCAGGAGUCCGUGGAGGAAGAUGAACUAGAUGCAGCCGUUGCAGAUCCUGAUGAGUUUGAGAGGAUAUACGAGCCACUAGAUGUAAAGAGCAAAAAGAUUCAUAUAGUGGACAGCGGGCUUACUUUUAACCUGCCAUACCCACUUAUCUUAAGACCUCAAAGAGGUGUUGAUCUCAUCAUCUCUUUUGAUUUUUCAGCGAGGCCAAGUGAUUCCAGUCCUCCUUUCAAAGAAAUUUUGCUUGCUGAAAAAUGGGCCAGAAUGAACAAGCUUCCUUUCCCGAAAAUAGACCCAAAUGUAUUUGAUCGAGAGGGAAUGAAGGAGUGCUAUGUUUUCAAACCAAAGGAUACCUCUUCGGAGAAAGACUGUCCAACUAUAAUCCAUUUUGUUUUGGCCAACAUCAACUUCCGGAAGUACAAAGCUCCAGGUGUUCCAAGAGAAACACAGGAAGAGAAGGAUUUUGCAGACUUUGACAUUUUUGAUGAUCCGAAUACACCGUUCUCUACGUUCAACUUCCAGUAUUCCAAUGAGGCUUUCAAGAGGCUUCAUGAUCUAAUGGAGUUCAACACCCUCAAUAACAUAGAUGUGAUCAAGGAAGCUAUGAUGGAAAGCAUUGAAUACAGAAAAGAGAACCCAUCUCGCUGCUCCGUGUCUCUUAGCAGUGUUGAAGCAAGGAGAUUCUUUAAUAAGAACAAUCUUAACAACAACCAUACGUAG